CGGGAGGUUAGGUUGCGGACCGCGAGUGUUCCCCGCGAGUGCUCGGCGCACCGCGACGGUCGUCGACGGACGUCGGCAGCGGAUACGCGGGCGCGAGAUCGUCGUCGAGAAUAGGCGAGUAGUAGUUUAUCUUCUCCCCCCGUAUCCCGUCGUUUUCUCGCUCGCGGGCGAGCGUUCGCCGCGGGAGCAGGCGGUCAAAGUCGAUCGUUCUCGUCGUCGUCGCAGUAACGGGGGCGAGCCUCUCUCGCUACACCCCCUCGCUUCAACCCCCGCGCCAUCGUCUCUCAUCCCUUUUCAACGGCGUCUCAUCGUCGGUGCAGUCGGCUGUACCGCGUCGUCGGCUUUUACGUCGUUCGUGUGUGUAACAUCGCACCUGUCGUACCUGUCAAUACGCAGCUCCGAACGGAGGUGAAGAUAAGCCAACACCGUGUGUUCCCGGCCUAGUGACCUGACCUUGGAUCGGCCCGACCAGAGUUUCGCAUCCUCGACGUCGUCAUGUAUGGAUUUUGAACCUCCAUCUCUGAUAGAUCCCCGAGGAUUUGUGGAGCUAAACGCGACGCAAAAAGAAACUCCGAAAAUGUGAACGAGAAAUAAGAAAGGCAGAUGCCCAACAAGGCGCGGCCUCGUCAAGAGUGGUCUCCCAUAGAUGUCUUGUGGAUGUCCCGCUCCGCCAUGAGGCCGGCCGAGGGUGAUGCUUCAGAUUGCAUGCUGAUAGUCGGCGUAUCCAGGUCGAAGAUGGCCGUUGCUUUCCUGUCGAUCGCCCUGCUAUCUCUCUUCCUCACCUUCCACAUACUUUACGACAGCGCCGUUUACAGCCUCCACGCAGUCUCCGCCGUCGAAGGGCGCACGGUCGAGCUGGUCUCCCAGGUACGCGCAACGCCGCCGCUUCUUUUCUCCACCUCCAAGGUACACUUUCCGCGAACGAAUCGUCAUCUCCCCCAGGCCAUCAUAAUCGGCGUACGCAAAUGCGGGACGAGGGCGUUGCUGGAGAUGCUCUUCCUGCAUCCGCAGAUACAGAAGGCGGCCGGUGAGGUUCACUUCUUCGACCGUGACGACAAUUACGGGAAGGGUCUGGAAUGGUAUCGGCGCAAGAUGCCCUACUCCUUCAAGGGGCAAAUCACUAUCGAGAAGAGCCCGAGUUACUUCGUGACCCCAGAAGUGCCCGAAAGGAUACGCGCGAUGAACGGCAGCGUCAAGUUGCUGCUAAUCGUGCGGGAACCGGUCACCCGGGCGAUAUCGGACUACACGCAAUUACGUACGCACGCCGCGACCGCGUCCACGUUAAUCAACAACGGCACGCCGCAACAGCAGCAAUCAAUGGCGCGCACUUUCGAGGAGCUCGUUAUACGAGCCGACGGUACCAUUAACGAAUCCUACAGACCGGUUGCCAUCUCUCUCUACCACACCUAUAUGCACCGCUGGCUGGAGGUGUUCCCCAGGGAACAGAUCCUCAUAGUGAACGGUGAUCAAUUGAUCGAGGACCCGGUGCCGCAGCUGCGCCGAAUCGAGAAUUUCCUUGGGCUCGAAUCCCGCAUUGGCCGGCACAACUUCUAUUUUAAUCACACCAAGGGAUUUUACUGUCUGAGGAAUGAGACCUCGGAGAAGUGUCUGAAGGAGAGCAAAGGGCGCCGUCAUCCGCGCGUCAGUCCGAUGGUUGUGACGAAGCUGAGAAAAUUCUUCAACGAGCACAAUCAACGUUUCUACGAAUUGGUCGGCGAGGAUCUUGGCUGGCCGGAAGAAUAACCAUCGUGGAGAGGAACGACUUGUUCGUUAUCGACGCGGAUCGCGCGCGCAUCCAGUGGCGAGUACGAUCCUUUAACUAGAAUCGAAUAUCCUCCUGUCUCCAAUGAAGAAGAGAUACCGUUACCAAUCAGCAGUGAAAUUGAACACUGCGAGCCGAAUACAAGAUCCGAGCUGACGUCGAUGAAGAUUCUUCGGGAUUACAACAUCGUUUCCAUCAGCGAUACCUGACCUUUCUUCAGGGACACACUGAUCAAGGAUAAGUAGUUUAUUUGUUAAAAUAGUUAAUUUGUUUUCGAGAAAGAGAUGUCAACGGGCUGACAUUUCACGAGAGAGCAUCGACGGAUGUACGCGAAAUCAGCGUCUUGUUAUUGCAUUAUCAGUGUAAGCGUACGCGUAUACAAAAACGCGCACAUAAAUGUACACAAACAUACAUAUACACAUACACAUACACACAUAUACACACGAAGUUACAAUAACGCCGGCCAAAAUAAAAUAGAGACGCGGAUCCACGAGACAAACUACAAUCCCUUCGUGGAUCCACGCGGCAUACGGAUCACAUUGGUCCGUGACUUUACAUAUCAAUUUUACAUAUCGAUAGUUUACAUAUCAAUAGGUUAACUAGUUCGUACGACAAAGAUUGAAUAUUUUUAUAAUCCACAUUGGAAGUUGUUAUAUCGCUUAUGUCGUUAAGGAUAUUACGUAACGCGAGGGAUCUCUCGCGGCGAUCAAAAAAGAUCUAACGUUUUAUUUAUUGCAUGCACGAUCCACGCUAUCAUCAUAGAUAGGGGGAGAAAAAAAAGGGGGGGAAAGAAUGGGGGAAGGGAAAGGAAGGGAGGGAGGGAACGGAAUAAUUACGCCAAUUCGCUCUCUCGCGAAUAAGAAAAAUCAAAAGCAAACCGAACGAACGCGCAAUCUUUUAUUUUUCCGCUGUCUCUUCAACUUUAUUUCUUCCCUCUCGCGGAAGGACGCGAACCGUUCUUCCCCAUCGUUCUCUGACACUGGAUAGGACGGCGCAAGCGUUCCUCUGGGAAUACGAAGAGAAGUAGGGUGGAAUCCGACCAACCACUCGUCAACGGUAAAUGUAACGACUCUCACCGAGAGGCUACGCCGUAGAAAUCUUUAUAAUCGAUUAUUUUUCAAAUCCCGAUAGAGAGCUUAUAAAUGGCCGCGCAUAUAACGUUUUACAAAUACGUACACACUUACUUCUAACUAACUUUUACCGAAAGAGAUCGAACAGAAUGUUACGCGUGCGAUAAAAGUGACGUGAUAACGGAAACGUGUCAACGAUUUAUCUCGACGUCUUUUGCCGCCUGCGAAAGAGUUGUGAAUAAUUACGCGGAUAAUUAAUAAUUCGGCUCGACAUCGACGAAGGAUGAUGAACGUCCCGCGAGAUGGAAAUUGAGAUAUACGUCCUUUACGAUGUCUGUUCGCGGAUUUCCAAGAUGAAGACACGUUAAACCUCGCGAUGACGAAUUACAUCGUAGUAGUUUACGCUCUCGGGCGAAUUUUUACAAGAACUUUUAUAUCUCUUUCUUUCAGAUUUUUUUAGAUGUACGAAUGAUCGCUUGAUAAGAAUCGCUGAUAAAUUAACGCAUCUACUAAUCAUUGAGAACGCGGGGGAAAAACAGCGAGCGAUAUAAAAGAAGCGCGACAGCUUGUUACUUUGAACGACAAGUUUUUCUCUCGGAAGGAUAUAAAUAAUCUGCUUUACGGCGCAAGUGGAUCGUGCAUGAGCGUGCAAAGUGCAUCGUGCGUUAAUUCGUGCGAUAAAUAUGCGGUCGCUUAGGCUCCGUUUCAGGCGGCCGGGGAUCUCGGGAGUAAUUCGCGAUUCGAAGCCGAAUGCGUCAAUUUCCUUCGCUCCUACAGGUAAGGAGCUUCUUAACUUCUCAGCUUCUAACGUUUGACAUUUUUGCAAAAGAGAUACGGUAAGUUCAAGCCGGCGUAGAAAAUUCUGUUUGCGUCGAUUAAAUUACUUUCAACGACAGAAGAGAGAAUGUUUAUCUUUAGUACAGUGCGAGUGAGAUGACUGAACCUAGUUUUUAUUUAUAGCUAUUUGAAAGCGUUCGCUUUAUAUCCCGACCCCAUUAAUUAUCUCGCCUCCCGCAAUUUUCUUAGCCGCCAUGACGUUACACGUAGAGUUCGAUCAUCGGCUCCCAAAGUUUCCGAACUUACACAAUCUCGACAAUUUCUGGUCUCCCGAGCGGUUCAAAGAGAAUCGAUCUAUUUUUUGCCCGAGGACUCGGUUGUAUUUACAUAAGAGUUGUAAUUUUCAUCAAAAGGGCUUUGUUUUAUUUUGUUUCAAUUUUAUCCAAUUAAUUAACCGGUUCACGACUCCAUAAUUAUUACGCGGUUUCUUGAUUAAAUUUCGCUAAGAGAAACACUUGGAAGAAUUUUUCUUCACGUCUCUACCGCUUCCGCGAUGCACGAAAACUUUAAAAGUACAAGAAACAAAAAUUUUAUUUUGCUCGAAGAAUGAAUUAUGUUUCGUCGCACACUUUUUAAUCGCUCGCCUCGAAUAUUUCGUACAUAUAUAUCUUAAUUUUAAUUUGUGGAAAAGUAUAAAUCCUUUAUUUUUUAUUUUAUAUAAAUAAUUUAUUUCAAUUUAUAAAUCUUUUAAUUCUCUUUUUAAAUUA